AAUUUAAAUAAUUUGAAAAUAUAAUAUAAAAUACUAUUUAUAAUUUUAAAAAAACAGUUAACAUUAAAAAUAAAAUUAAAAUGCUUAAAGAUUGUAAUAUUCUGCUGUAUGCUACUGUUAACAUAUAUUGAGUAUUUCUGCAUUUACUUUGCUGUAUUCAUUCAGUUACAAUGAUCUAAAAGUUUUGGAAAGAUUUAUUUUAACAGUCAUUAAAAAACUCAACUUGUUUAACUCGGUCAUGUUUUAAACAUUAUGACUAGCAAAGAGAAUACCGUGUACAAACUAAGGAAAAAAAAAAGAAAGAUAUGAAAAUUGAAGAUACAUUAGCUGCAUUAGCUACAUUAGCACAGAUUUGUAAAACGAGUGUAGAAAAUGACGCACAUAAAAAGAAAAAGAAAAAAAAGAAAAGGAAAAGUAGAAAAAUAGUAUCUAAUAGCUUAGACAUUUCGGCAAACAAUUUGAAUACCAUUUCAAAAUUAAAAAGGAAAAAGAAAAAAAAAAAUAACAAUAUCGAAACUGACGAUAUUGCUUCAUUAAUUUUUCACAAAACACCAGAUAUUGUCCAGCCUUUAAUUCAAGUAAAAGAAAAAAAAAAGGAAAGGAAAAGUAGAGAAACGGAUAUCAAAGUCUCUGAUAGCUUAGACAUUUCGGCAAUCAAUUCGAAUACCAUUUCAAAAUUAAAAAGGAAAAAGAAAAAAAAACAUAAUAUUGAAACUGAUGUUUUUGCUUCAUCAAUUUUUCCCCAAACUCGUUCAGAUAACAAUGACCAGUCUUUAAUUCAAGUAAAAGAAAAAAAAAGGGAAAAUGUUGACGAUGACACAUCUAUUUAUUUAAAUGAUUUUGAGCAACCUAAUGUUCUUAAAAGUUACACAAAAAAGAAGAAAACCAAUAUUAAUAGUGUUAGUCAGACUUCUUCAAAAAUGAACCUUGGUACUUCUUCAAUAGAAAAAAUAAGAAAAAGUGAACUUAAAGAAUUGGAAAUAAGUGAUGCAGAAAUCGCCACAUGUAAUACUAAAACUGAACAUAAAGACAAAAAAAGUAAUAAAAUGGACAAUGAUGUCAGUCAUCUUUUAAACCUUAUGUCAAACAUAGGGAAUACCGUGUCCAAAUUAGGAAAUUUAAAGGAAGAAAAAAAUGAAGAUUUGAAAAUUAAAGAUAUUACAUUAGCACAAAUAUGUGAAACAAGUAUAGAAAAUGACGCACAUAAAAAGAAAAGGAAAAAUAGAAAAAUGGAUAUCAAAGUAUGUAAUAGCUUAGAUAUUUCGGCAGACAAUUCUAAUACCAUAUCAAAAUUAAAAAGGAAAAAGAAAAAAAAACAUAACAAUAUUAAAACUAAUGAUAUUGCUCCAUUAAUUUUUCACAAAACGCUUUCAGAUAUUGACCAGUCUUUAAUUCAAGUUAAUGAUAACAAAAGGAAAAGGAAAAAUAUUGACAAUGACACAUCUAUUUAUUUAAAUGAUUCUGAACAACCUGAUGUUUUUAAAAGUAGCACAAAAAAGAAAAAAACCAAUAAUGAUAGUGUUAGUCAGACUUCCUCUAAAAAGAAACUUUGUACUUCAUCAACAUUAAUAGAAAAAAUAAGAAAAAGUGAACUUAAAGAGUUAGAAAUAAGUGAUACAGAAAUCACCACAUGUAAUACUAAAACUAAACAUAAGUACAAAAAAGGUAAUAAAAUGGACAAUAAAGUCAGUCAUCUUUUAAACCUUAUGUCAAACAUAAGGAAUACCGUGUCCAAAUUAAGAAAUUUAAAGGAAGAAAAAAAUGAAGAUUUGAAAAUUAAAGAUAUUACAUUAGCACAAAUAUGUGAAACAAGUAUAGAAAAUGACGCACAUAAAAAGAAAAGGAAAAAUAGAAAAAUGGAUAUCAAAGUAUGUAAUAGCUUAGAUAUUUCGGCAGACAAUUCUAAUACCAUAUCAAAAUUAAAAAGGAAAAAGAAAAAAAAACAUAACGAAUAUUAAAACUAAUGAUAUUGCUCCAUUAAUUUUUCACAAAACGCUUUCAGAUAUUGACCAGUCUUUAAUUCAAGUUAAUGAUAACAAAAGGAAAAGGAAAAAUAUUGACAAUGACACAUCUAUUUAUUUAAAUGAUUCUGAACAACCUGAUGUUUUUAAAAGUAGCACAAAAAAGAAAAAAACCAAUAAUGAUAGUGUUAGUCAGACUUCCUCUAAAAAGAAACUUUGUACUUCAUCAACAUUAAUAGAAAAAAUAAGAAAAAGUGAACUUAAAGAGUUAGAAAUAAGUGAUACAGAAAUCACCACAUGUAAUACUAAAACUAAACAUAAGUACAAAAAAGGUAAUAAAAUGGACAAUAAAGUCAGUCAUCUUUUAAACCUUAUGUCAAACAUAAGGAAUACCGUGUCCAAAUUAAGAAAUUUAAAGGAAGGAAAAAAUAAAGAUUUGAAAAUAAAUGAUACAGUAUUGGAAACAAGUAUAGAACACUAUACACAUAAAAAGAAAAGGAAAAGUAGAGAAACGGACAUCAUAGUUUCUGAUAGCUUAGACAUUUCGGCAGACAAUUUGAAUACCAUAUCAAAAUUAAACAGGAAGAAGAAAAAAAAACAAGAGAAUAUUGAAACUAAUAAUUUUGCUGCAUCAAGUUUUGACCAAAGGCCUUCAGAUAUUGACCAGUCUUUAAUUCAAGUGAAAGAAAAAAAAAGGAAAAAAAUCAACAAGAACACAUCAAAUUAUUUAAAUGAUUCUACGGGUAAUGUUAGAAUAAUUAAAACAAAACAAAUAAAAAAUGAGGAAUUAUUUACAGCAUCAUCUUUACAUGAAUCUCCAGAAACAGAUAACUUUGUUGGCAAAGAGAAACUUGAAGAUACUAAGAAAACCAAAUCAUAUAUAACAAAAAAAAAUUUAUUACACACACAAUAUAAAAAAAAAAUUGACCUAAUACCAGAAAAGAACAAAAACACGGUGAAUCAAAAUGGUUUGAGUGAGUCAACUUAUUACAUGAUGAAAAAAUUAGCUAAACAUUUAAAAGAACAAAAGAAAAUUGAUAUUAACAAAGUACCUGUUUCAACUAAAGAAUGUACAACUGACAUGAACAAUACUUCGGACAAUUCAUCAGUUCAUGAUAUUAAUGAAAAAUAUGUGACAUGCGCUAUAUGCCAUGAAUGGUUUUUAAAUAUACAUAUUUACCAACAUAUGCAAACUCACAUUGAUAAUUUGCACAAACCUGAUACAUACUGCAAGUCUUUAAAAAAAAAGGCUGAUUUAAUAAAACAUCAAAUUAUUCACACUACUGAAGGAGCAGCGUAUAAAUGCAGUUUAUGUGAAAAAACCUAUAAACACCUUAGUAGUUUAACAGUACAUUACAGAAUUCAUACAGGAGAACGGCCUUUUAAAUGUGAUAUUUGUGACAGUGCGUUUAGUCAUAAGUCAAGUUUGACCACUCACAAACGAAUUCAUACAGGAGAAAGGCCAUACUCUUGUAGAGUAUGCGGACUUGCUUUCAAACAAUCGCACCAUCUCACUGUUCACAAUAGAACACAUACCGGUGAAAGACCUUAUAAAUGUAGUAUUUGUAGUAAGGAUUUUACAACAUCUGGAAACUUAGGUAACCAUGUAAAAGGUGUACAUAACAAAUGCUAUUAAAGAUUCACUUUAA